AGAUUUUUGCGUAAGUUCCGGCAACAUUGAAACGUGUCGUUUUGUUUUUGUUUUUUUGUUCUUUUUUUUGUACACUUCGCUCGCUUCGCUCGCUGUUUGCCGGUUCUCUAGUCGCGUUGAGGUAGGUUGCGAGUUGUGAUUUUUUCUUCCAGUCUUCCUUUUCUCUGGCACAAGGCAAUGCUUUCCCCGAGCGUACGUCUAGCCAUCUGCUAUCUCCUGCUGUUCUUUGCUGUGCUGUCCUGCCUGAUCGACUUUGUGGCCAUUGGCGACGGAGACAGCGCCAAGACGACGAAAGAGGCGAGGAGGCUUCAGAUCGGAGUCAAGAAACGACCCGAGGUCUGCGACACCAAGUCGAGGAAGGGCGACGUCCUUCACAUGCACUACAAGGGCACCCUUGAAGAUGGGACGGAAUUCGACAACAGCUACAAGAGGGGUGAUCCGCUGUCGUUCACUCUCGGAUCGGGACAGGUGAUCCGUGGCUGGGACCAGGGGUUGUUGGCGAUGUGUGCCGGGGAGAAGCGCAAACUGGUGAUUCCUCCGGAGCUGGCCUACGGAGCGACGGGCGCACCCCCGACCAUUCCAGGAGACGCAACUCUUACCUUUGAGGUCGAGCUUGUGAAGAUUGAUCGCAAGACCGAGCUGUAAAGAGGGGCUUUUUUCGAUCUCGUCACGGGGUGGAGGGAUUAGUCGUGCCUGGGGAGUCCUUCACACAUCAUUGAGGAAUGAAGUGCAUUUGGAUGGGGUUAUGAUUUUCUGUUGGUUCUGUGAACUUGGGUUGUGAUAUGAAGUCGUCAAGUCACUUUCUUUCUUUUUUUUUAUUAUGGGGUUUCUUUGUGCGAUUGGGGUGUGACUGUUGCUAUAUUGGUAAUUUAUUCUUUGCACACAUGUACAUUGGAGUAGCCGAUCAUGUAACAUAGUCUGCGAGCACAUCUUGCUGCCGUGCCGAUGAUGCUGCUCUGUACAUAUGCACAUUUUUUACAUUUGUGUAGAGUUGUGAUACUUUCAAAUAAAUUUUGUCUGGUA